AUGGAGAAGGGAUAUACCUCGGCCACCGACCUCUGGGCCAUUGGAUCUGUAGUAGCGUUGAUGCUGACCGGCCGAGUGCCGUUCCACGCUAAAUGCGUGGAUCUCGCUCGGCCACUGCAACAGCUAGACGAAUUCCUGCAGAUGCACAAGGUGGAAGAGUUUCCUCGAGACCUUCUUCAUAAAAUUUUCGUCGUAGACGAAGUCCGUCGUAUCACAGCCAAGCGCGCGCUGGAUCACUCUUGGUUCGUUUCUUACUCUGCUGAACUGGAAGCAAGAUAUCGGGCAGUAUUCGGUAACUGGAAAGAGAAGAUCCGUGGUUACUCGGCCAUCGUCGCGCUAGAUAGCUUGCCUUGCGUAUCAGCCUGCGACGUAGCUCCUGGCGACGUUCAGGCAAGCGCAAGUUCUCGCCCUCUACGUGAAGCCCAGGUGAGCACCCGUUCUCGCAUUCCCAUCGCUCAGGUUGAAGAUCAGAACAGAAAACGUUCCCAUCAUCAAAUUGAUCAUCGAGUUCAGAUGAGUGCACGUUUUUGUACUGCUCUACGUGAAGUCCAGGUGAGCGCCCGUUCUCGAAUUCCCAUUCGUAAUGUUGAUCAGGCCAGUACGCUUUUCCGCAAUCCCAUAAAUCACGGAGCUCAAAUGGGCACGCGCUCUCGCAUCCCAGUACAUGACCAGAUAAGACCACGUGCCCGCAUUCCCAUCCAAGAUGUUGAGAAUCAAGCCAGCGCACGUUUCCGCCUUUUAUCCAUCGACCAUGUAUCGGAGUCGUUUAACGAGGCAGCCCAGGACACCAACCGAGAUGACAGUGAGCAUGCGCUUCCCUAUGCUGGACUGGCCGAUACCACCCAGGAUUCUUACGCGGGAUAUCAAGCACCUUCUUACAUCAAUGAUAUCCGUCCAAUGGAGCCAUUUUCAAACCCCUUCCUGUCCGGUUGGGCCCCCACACGUCCAGGGAAUGGGCCCCUUCUACCAUAUCUUUCACGAUGCCUAGUCCGUCCAGAAGAUGAGCCCCUUCUACCGCCAUGUCCAACUCUUCCACGACGCCGGAUCCCUUUACCCGUUAUGUUGACCUCAACCCACUAUCCGAAGAUCACCAAUGAGCAGAAAAGUGCUGAGAAAGACGGUGAAGCCUAUCAAGAAGAAAAGAACCUGGUCAGCGGAAAGAAAAUCCAAAAGCGACAUAUCUACGGCCAGGACGCUGACCAUCUUGAUGACCCGUGA